ACCUGAGCUUUGGCAUUAUUUCAAAACCUAAAUCCAUCCCUUCCGGGAUUGAAAACUAUCGCACUUGAAUGAUGCCGCUCUCUGAUACGGAAGUUGUCCUGAAUCAAGUUUUGCAUCAAUUGACACAGGGCUAGAAAUCCGGCAACUCCUGCCUGCCUGCCCGCCUCGGGCCAAGCCCGGGCUGCCCCCUCCCACUGCUCUUCCUUUCUCAGGGGAAAGCAGGGAUGGUGCCAGCGCGCGGAGGCGCGGUGGGCUGGCUCUCCCCGAGAGUGAGUGGCUGGAUCCUCCCCCCAGAUCCCGGGCUGCAGAAAAGCACCAGGCCAGAGGCUGCGGGCCAUCCGCGCAGCGCAGAGCGAUGGAGUCCUCCUGGCUGGAGACGCACUGGGCGAGGCCCCUCCACCUGGCGCUGGUGUUCUGCUUGGCCCUGGGGCUGCUGCAGGCUGUCAAGCUCUACCUGCAGAGGCAGCGGCUGCUCCGAGACCUGCGCCCCUUCCCCUCGCCCCCGAGCCACUGGUUCUACGGGCACCAGAAGAUAAUUCAGAAUGGUGGAAUGGAGACGCUCGGGGAGAUUACAGACAAAUACCCGCGUGCCUUUCCUUUCUGGCUUGGACCCUUUCAGGCGUUUUUCUUUAUCUAUGACCCAGACUAUGCAAAGACUCUUCUGAGCAGACCAGAUCCCAAGUCCAACUUCCUGUACAAGUUCAUGGAUCCAGUCGUUGGAAAAGGACUCUUGAAUCUGAAUGGACCUAAGUGGUUCCAGCAUCGUCGCCUACUGACGCCCGGACUCCAUUUGAACGCCUUGAAAUCGCAUGUGGAGAUAAUGGCCCAUUCUGUGAACACAAUGCUGGGUAAAUGGGAGAGGAUUUGUGGCACUGAGGACACGCUUCUGGAGAUCUCUGCGCACGUCACCUUGCUGACCCUGGACAUAAUCAUGAAAUGCGUUUUCGGCUUGGAAACCAACUGCCAGAUAAACAGCACCUAUGAUCAUUACAUAAAAGCAGCAAAUGAAAGCAGCAAUAUAAUUUUUUACCGCUUGUACAAUUUCUUAUAUCACCAUGACGUCAUUUUCAAGUUCAGCCCGAAGGGCCACCGCUUAUGGCAGUUAAGGAAGAUACUGCAUCCCUACACAGAGACUAUAAUCCAGGCUGGAAAGAAUUCCCGCAUGAAUGAGAAUCAACAGGGUAACACUCAGAAGAGGAAGUACCAGAAUGUUCUUGAUAUUGCCCUUUCUGCUCUGGCUGAAAAUGGUGACAGCUUCUCAGAUACUGACCUAUGGUCUGAGGUAAACACAUUCCUGUUGGCAGGGCAUGAAACCAUGACAGGCGGCCUUACCUGGCUCCUCUACCACCUGGCUCACCCUGAGCAUCAGGAGAGAUGCCGGGAAGAGAUCAGGAGCAUCCUGGGUGACGGGUCUUCCAUCACCUGGGGCCAGCUGGGUGAGAUGUCAUACACCACGAUGUGCAUUAAGGAGUCCCUCCGCUUGGCACCUCCAGUCCUCUCCUUUUCCAGAGAACUCAGCAAGCCCAUUACCUUCUCAGAUGGACGCUCCUUGCCUGCAGGAAUUACUGUGGUUUGCAGUAUCUGGGGGCUCCACCACAACCCUGCCAUCUGGGAAAACCCACAGGUCUUUGACCCCUUGAGGUUCUCUCAGGAGAAUAAUGACAAGAGACACUGCUACGCCUACUUACCGUUCUCAGCUGGACCAAGGAACUGCGUGGGGCAGCAGUUUGCGAUGGCUGAGUUAAAGGCGGCUGUCGCCUUGAUUCUGCUCCGCUUCUCACUGACGGCAGAACCCACCAGGCCUCUCGUCUCCAGGCCCAAUAUUUUCCUCAAACCCAAGAACGGGCUCUACUUGCACCUGAAGAAACUCGCCUAAUGUCAGCCCAGAGGCUGCUCUCCGUUUGGCCUGGGCCAGUGGCCAUCCAGCUGGUACGUCUCCUAGUAGAGAGGAAAUGCCAGUUUGACCUCUGUGACGAUGAGAACAGGACAGCACGGAUAAAGCUGCGUAGUAGCCAACAACGUCACCAGGAGAUGGAUUUGAUUUCACGACUUAGACUAAAAAUGAGUUGAUCUCAUUGAGAUCUAAGGAACUGGUGAAACGUGUGGAUGGUUGACUUUGAAUUCUUAGACUCUGCCUUCUGUUUCUUAGCCUGCUCCUCACAGCCAUCCAGCGCCAGGAAGAGGAAUGUGCGUGUGAUCUGCGGGAACGAGGUGCCAACCCAGACCUCGUGGACGUCGCUGGCAACGCUGCCCUCCGCCAUGCUCCUUUGGACAGAAUAUCUCCAUCUCAGCAAAGCUGCUUUCACGCAAAGCUAAUAUUGAAGGAAGAAACAAGGUUUCCCUCAACUAACUUCAUUUUGAUAAAUACAUGUUGUUGGUUUUUG